CCUCCACACUCUCUAGAAUCCAUUGACCGCAGCCGUCAAAGUCUCCUCCUCCGGACCCAAAUCCGGGUUCGGAUCCUUCCCCUCACUUUGAAAUCUCUCACCAAAACAAAACCACCUCCCAAUCAAUCUCUCCCACCAAACCCAAAAUGGCCGAUCACCACCAUCACCACCACCGCCCCCACCGCCUCUCCCUCCCUCAACGCCCCACCACGCCCACCACCUUCGCCUCCACCACCCCCACCGCCUCCCGCCAAUACCCACUUUACCCCUUCACUCCCUCCGCCGCCACUCCCUCCAAACACCGCCUCUCUUCUUCUCUCAACCCCAAACCCCUCUCCGCCGCCGCCGCCGCCGCUGGAAGCAAAUCCUCUCUCUCAUUCCUCUUCCUCCUCCUCCUCUCCCUCCGAUCACUCUACUCCCUCCUCCCCUUCCUCCGCUCCUCCCCUUCCUUCUCUCUCUUCCCCUUCUCCUUCCUCGUCUCUCUCCUCUCCUUCCUCCUAACCCUAGCUUUCUCUCUCUUCACCUCCUCCGCCUCCGCCUCCGCCGCCGCCUCCAGAGACCCGUUCCACCAGAAGCCCAACCAGCCCAUCUUCUCCCUCACUCUCAUCACUCAAUCCCAGCACAGACUCCUCGUCGCGAAAUCGAUUCUUCUCGCCGGAGUCUUCCUCCUCCGCUUCCAAGCUCUCCGGUACUGCGGCACCGCCGCCAUGAUCCUAGCCGAGAUGUCUGGAAAUGUGGCGGCAAGGUUCUUGGCGGAGGGGAGGAAACAGAGUGUGGUGGGCGGCAGUGGUGAUCGGAAUCGGAGCUCCAAGGUUCGUGGGUUUCUUGCUCUGUUCACUGGGUUGUUCUUGUUAUCUAUGAGCUGGGAUCGGAUUGAAUGCUUUCCGUUUUCGGCUAAGUUUGUGCAAAAAAUGGGAGUGUCUGUGUUGCCUAGAGUGGAUUGUGUGAGAAUUUGGCCAAUGCUGCUUCCGUUUCUGUCUGGAUUUUUGGGGUGUUAUGAGAGGGUUUCGAUGAAUUGGGGGACUAUUAGGCAGUUGGGGAGGAAGAGGGUUCGGGUGAUUUCGUUGUUUUUUACUACUGUUGUGCUGUUCAUUCCUGCUGUUGUUAGUGUUUUUAUGUUUGAAGCUGAGGGAGAUGGAGUUGUUUCCAUUGGGAACUUGGGCUGGCCUCUGGCAAACACUGUUGUUUUCGGUGUGCUUCUGAGUGAGAGUUAUAGUGAUGAGAAGUUAAUGAGUUCUAAAGAUUUUCGGAGGGAGUAUUUGGUGACUUUCUUAUGUACUGUUGUAUUGGAGCUGUUCUAUUUUGCUGAACUGUCGCUUUGGGGGCUAUUGCUUUGUGGUAUGUUGCUGUACGUUGCUGUUAGGGAGUUGGAUCCUUUUCAUGCAAGUUAUGUUGAACUGGGAAUGGAGUCGUCGGAAUCAUUUAGUGCAUCCGUUAUGAAACCUAUUAGGCACAUUUUGAGUGAGAGGAAAUCGCGGAAGAUUGCACUUUUCCUUCUGAUCAAUACUGCAUACAUGUUUGUGGAAUUCAUUGCUGGGUUCAUGAGCAAUAGUCUAGGGCUGAUAUCAGAUGCCUGUCACAUGUUGUUUGAUUGUGCUGCUCUGGCAAUUGGGCUAUAUGCUUCGUAUAUUUCGCGCUUGCCUGCAAAUAAUCAGUUUAACUAUGGCCGUGGGAGAUUUGAGGUUCUUGCAGGAUAUACAAAUGCUGUUUUCCUGGUUUUGGUUGGAGCAUUAAUAGUAUUGGAAUCACUUGAGAGGAUUUUGGACCCUCAGGAGAUGUCAACUAGCAGUAUACUAGUUGUUUCAAUUGGAGGGCUUCUUGUCAAUGUGGUUGGUUUAAUCUUCUUUCAUGAGGAGCAUCAUCAUGCCCAUGGUGGAUCCGGAUCAUGCUCUCACUCCCACAGUCAUCAACAUUCGCAUGACUCUGUUGGACAUAAUCAUGAAAAGCUUGAGGAAUCGUGUAUAGCUAUUUCUCAUGUAUGCCAUGAAGAAUCGUGUGCCAGCCAUGAUGACCAUCACCAACAUGGCAGUUCUGUUGGCUGCAAAGAUCACCGGCACGAUCACCAUGAUCACAGCCACCAGCAUGACCACAGUCACCAGCAUGAUCACCAUGACCACAGCCACCAGCAUGACCACCAUGAUCACAGCCAUCAUCAUGACCACCAUGAUCACAGCCAUCAUCAUGACCACCAUGGCCACAACCACCAGCAUGAUCACCAUGGCCACAACCACCAGCAUGGUGGUUCCGAGCUGAAAAGACUGCCAACCGGUGGAGAAAAAUCAACUAAGCAACAGCAUCGCCACAUUGACCACAACAUGGAAGGAAUAUUUCUGCAUGUUUUGGCUGACACCUUAGGGAGUGUCGGAGUUGUUAUAUCAACACUCUUAAUUAAGUACAAGGGAUGGCUUGUUGCUGAUCCUGCAUGCUCGAUAUUUAUUUCUGUCUUGAUUAUAUCUUCAGUUAUCCCAUUGCUCAGGAACUCUGCAGAAGUCUUGCUCCAAAGAAUUCCGAGGGCACAUGAGCAGGAUUUGAGAAAAGCUCUUAAUGAUGUUAGGAAGAUAAGGGGGGUUUCUGGUAUUCGGAACUUGCAUGUAUGGAGUUUCACAAACUCAGAUGUAGUGGGUACGCUCCAUCUUCAUGUUUCCACAGAAGUUGACAAAGGAUCUGCAAAAGCGCAGGUGUCGCACUUAUUACAUGAAGCUGGAAUCAAGGAUUUAACGGUGCAGUUGGAAUGUGUUGAGGGAUAGCACUCUGACCCCAGGCGACUUUCCUCACCUAUUUAUUGUGUGCUCAAGGUGAUUACUGAAAAUUGGUUGAUAAACUCCUUCAAUUAGCCUGUUGGCAGUUACUGAUGGGUUCUGCAGUGCUUAUUUUAGCAUUGUCCUUGAAUUUCUUCGGAUACAUCUUGAAGCUCAGAAGAGGGCUCAACAGAAAAUGAGAUAGAUUUGUCAAACACACUUCUCAGGUUUUUGAUACAAAUAUUUUUUCUGCUUGAAGAUCAGCAAUGCAUCUUUCUUUCUGCUUGUAUGUAAUUUUGCUGACAUGUAAAGAAACAUUCAAAGGGUGAUAAUCUUAUUGGCUAUGUAACUACUUGCAAGCAAUAUACAGGUGCCUUUUGUGGUUGA